AAAGUACGAGUGGAACAAAUCCACAUCUCUCAAUAUUUCGAGUCUUCCCAGUGUAUGCUGUUGACAAUCCGCACGCAAGCCCACGAACAGCUUCAUAGAGAUCUGUGUUUCGAUAUCGCCCAUCGGCUUAAUGGUAUGGGACUGGGUGACAGCUUUAAUCUCACAGGAGGAGUGACCUGCUACAGUCAAGGAUUCCAUUCUUGCAGCGGCAACGGUAGCGCAGGAGGUGCAAGCUCGUCGAUUUGGCCGUUAGGAGAACGAAAUAGACGCUUUCCUACACUCAUGAUCGAGGCUGGAUGCUCUUGGUCUUUAGUCAGCAUGCGAGCCAAGGCAGAAUGGUGGUUUCAGGUCUCGAACCACAAUGUCAAGAUUGUUCUCUUGGCAAAGUUUGACGAGAGUCAAAAUACGGUAGUCCUGGAGAGGUGGCAAGAGAGACAGCGGGAACAUGCAGGUGAUGAAGAGGCAGAAUGGGUGGCCUCCUGUCAACAGACAAUUACCAUCUCCGAGACUGAAGCAAACCCGCAGGUGUAUCGAGUGACUGGUGGCGAGUUGGUAUUGGAUCUCAGACUGUUGCUUUUGAAGAGUCCGCCUCAGGGAGAGGAAUAUGUUGUUUUGACUGUUGAGUACUUACAGAGAUAUGCCCGACCACUGUUAGAGCGGAGAUUAUAUGUGUCGCAUUGA